CCUCUCGUUCUGUUAAGUCAGAGUUUAAGGUAGCUGUUAUUUUGUUGAAGAGUGGUAAACCCUAUGUCAACUUCAUGUUACCAGACAGUUAGGUUAGCCAAGCUAGCUAACCAAGUGUACCAGUUAAUACCCCUGAAGCAUACUCAACUGUCAGGUGAAGUUAAAGGCAGUUUAUUUUCAAGAAACUGUGUGUUUCAUAUACUAAUUUCUUCUGUAGGCGAUAACUGCUAACUGUAGCUGCAUUUGCAGGCAGCUAAUAACGGAGAGCUUUAGCAGCUAAGCUCUCCGCGCCUUUUUUCUAUUGUUAUUUUUGCGGAGCGGUGCAAAGUGAAUAUCAUUGAAUCAUACUCAAUCGUCAUAUUAAGUGAAAAGCCAAUGUUGUGAAACGACACAGCGUGUCUUAAUUUUAUUUUACACUCAUUGAUAAGCAGACAACCAUCACUGCUGGUUGAUUUGCUGUUGGCUGCUAGCAGCUAAUUGCUAUUUGGCCUGUUUCAAGCUCCCCAUGCAACGAAUAGCUACCUGUUUCGAGCUCCCCUUGCCAUGAUUCGUUGUCGUUUUUGCGGGAGAACCUUGCAAACGUUGAAGGGUUAUGUGUUGCAUUGUAGGAUUCAUAGAAACGAACCACGCUGUGUGUUCAGGUGUGAGAGUGCAAAUUGCAGGCAGACAUUUUGCACGUAUGCAUCAUUUAAGUGUCACUUCUAUCGGAAGCACAAUGUCCCAGCACCGUCUGUUACUGCUAACACAGCCAUUAUAUCAACUUUUGUGUGCGCCAUGCCACUUUGCUCACACCGAUUCCAGACCGUGCAGGAACUUCUUGUACACUUAAAAAAACAUUUAGUGGAGGGAAGAUCUGUUAAGUGUCCAGUGGCAGGUUGUCAAAGCACAUUUGCUGUGAAGUCAUCAUUUACAGCGCACUUGUCCAGGAAACAUCCACACUGUUCAGUGAAUAACAUAAAUGAUCUUUACAGAGAAAUCACACCGCAGUCCUCUGCCACGGCUUGUGAAGAGGUUUCGCAGACGGUGGAUGGUGCAGCUGAAGUACCAGUACUGUGAGGUAACCAGAGACGAAUUUAAGAAGGAACCCAAUCUUUGCGGCCAGCAACGAACUGCUGAUACCUAUGACGCUGCUGUCGCCUCUCUGUCUGAGGAGAGCAGAGAAGUCAAAGGAAUAAAACUGAGAUGUCUGAAUCAUUUCUACGCUCUGCCAUCACGGAGGCCUUGCCUGACCUUCCAGACGUAGCAAAGGAUAUCCUGCAAGAAACUCUUCAAUCUCUAGGUGUAGAGACCCAUGAUGACUUUCAGUUUGUUAAGGAAGAAGAUUUGUUGUCAGCCUUGAGGCCCAUACAAGCCCGGAAGCUGGUUGCUGCGUGGGGUCUAAAAUGUCCCUUCCAAGAAAGUGGUUCUUCAAGCCUUACUGCCUCACCAGGACCUUCCCCUUCCAUGGUGUCUCUGUCGCCAAUUUCAACGUCAUCAUCCAGCAGUCAGAGCCCAAGAGGCAGUCUUCCAGACUCAUUCAUGAUACCAUGGGGACAGUUCCCAGAGGCUUUGACACAGGAUUUGGAGAGAGGAAGGCGUCCAAAACCAAGUAUGAGGAAAGAGAUGGUCAGAAUUGUGGUCCGCGAAAUGAUGAAAGCAGCCACCUCAUUAAGUAAGAAGAAUGCUACUGAUGUGGCUAGGCAAUUAGUGUCAAAAUACCCCAAGUCACUCCAAGAUGUCAUUGAGGGCGACAUAAUUGGCACAGGGUACAGCUCCCUCGUGAAACAAAUUCAAAAUCGGAUCGAAAAUGUGAAAAGACCUACAACACCAAAAAUUCAAAAAAGAAAAUCACACUACUCUGACACCGACGAAGUCCCCCCUGAAAAACGGGCAGCGAUUCAAGACACCUAUGGGUGCAUCCGUUGGCAUGUCAAGUUUCUGCCCCUUGGGGAAACGCCCGAAAGCCAGCAGCAGAAGAAAGAGGAGCUAAAAAAUCUGUUCAGCCAGAAUGAACAAAGCCCAGGUCCUUUGAAAAUGCUGAUGAAGUCCACAUUCUACAGCCAGCGACAAGACGUGAACCAAGGGAAAGACAUGAAGUACCUCCUGGAAAACUGGCCAUAUUGGUUUCAUGAAAAUGGCAUGAAUGUUCACUUUAACGAGCUCACUGGAGUUGCCCUGAAGGAAACCUUCUUGAAAAAUGUGGAACAGAAGGGGGAAAGGCUCUUGAACUUCAUGAAGACAGUUGCUGUCAACAAAUCCAAAAGAUUCUAUCAAGCUGCAACAAAGCUACAGAUGAUGAUGGGAGAACACCCAGGCAACACACAGGUCACAGAGAUGGUGCUGCUUCUUCUGGCUUAUUUUGACGAGAGAGAUGAUGUGAUGUUCCAUUACGUGGAGGACACUUGCCUGGCUGGCGAAGUGGUCAUGGACCGAGUUCCCUUGACUCCCACAAUUGUUGUAUGUGGACAAUCCUGCUAUUCCUCCAGAAGGAUGAUGCUGAGUGUGGAUCACGUCAUCGUGAAUGAGAACAUCUCUUCCUUCAUCUCGUCCUUGUGCAUGCUGUUUGGGUCUUAUUACUGCUUCAACAUCCAUUACCCAACUGCACUUGCAUCCACCCUGGAGUUCCUACAGAGCUGUUUCUUCUCCAUUAAUCCAGAGAAGGGGACGAAAGUGGAGCGAACAAAUGCAAAGCGCUUGCAUGUCAAUCCAAGAGUCAUUACGUUGAUUCAGGACCUCUCCGACCACGAAUGGCGUUCCGAUUAAAAAGGUGUUCCUCUGAGUGACCACAGCGGUUCAUGUUUCCCUAAAUGUUCUUCAGGGUGUUCUUCUACAUGUUCCCGCCCAUGAUUGGAGAGCCACUUAAAAAGGUGUUCCUUUGAGUGACCACAGCAGUCCAUGUUUCCCUAAAUGCUCUUCAGAGUGUUCUUCGAGAUGUUCCCGCCCAUGAUUGGCGAGCCACUUAAAAAGUUGUUCCUUUGAGUGACCAAAAUACGGGGCUGAUAGUAAGGCAAGACUUCUAACUUCUAGAUGUUCCCGCCCAUGAUUGGCGAGCAAUUUAAAAAGGUGUGUGUGCUAGUGCUAGUGCUACUGUUGUCUUUCAUUAUUGACUGACUUAACAAAUGAAACUAAUGGAGUUCAA